AUAACAAUGCCUAUCAGCUCACCUUUUAGUGCGCUAAGACUAUAAAAGUUGAAUUAUUACGAAAGGUAUUGCGGGUGUCCAACGAAAUUGAGAAAAACACUUCAUGAAUGGAUAGCUCAGUGAAGUCGCUGAUACCAGACAAAGCAAGCAAAGAGCGCUCCAAGCAAUGCUGUUCCAAAAACUUCAUUUUUCUCCUGGUGGUCGUUUUCUGCUUCCUAUCCACAUUAGUCUACAUUGUGUUCCCGGAUCCGUUUGAGUUCAAAGCUGGAGCAUUUCUACUGCAGUCUACACCGCCAGAUGCCAUCCGAAUUAGCGAAACUUUGAAGACGAGUCCAACACAACACAGUGCGAUAGAAAAUCGGCCUAAAUACACUUUCGCGGAUUUGGACAAGUUCUUGUGCGCCAAACAGUCCGAGCCUCCCAAUAAUACUCGCACAGUUUUGAAAAAACCCUGUCCUACUCGAGGAAUUAUUACUGCCAUCGCUGGAGGACGAACUGGGAACCAAAUGUGGGAAUACGCGUCCAUAUGGGCGCUCGGGAAAAAGUUGGGACUGGAACCAUUCGUACCCACUUGCAUUAAGUGGAAGCUUGAAGUAAUGUUUGAUAAUUUGCUGCUGCCGACAUUCAGAGCAAUCGCACAUUGUCCGUUUGAUUUCAACUCGUCUGUUAGCACCGUGGGAAACGGCAACAAUGAAAAAAGCAUAAUUCUGCCACGCUUUAACUUUCGCUUCAGUGAUGCCAUGCCAUGGAUGGAGCAAAUCCUGAAGGAAUUCAACUUUCGAAAGGAGCUGAAAGACAAGGCACAACAGACUUUACAUGAAUUGCUUCCGAAAUCUUCGACGCUAAAGUACACUUUCAUCGCUGUCCAUGUGAGACGGACCGAUUAUAUUAAAUACGUUCAAAGGCGAUUCAAUCAGCGGCCAGUGACGGACAAUUUCUUCCGAAAAGCCAUGGCUUAUUAUCGGGAGCGCUUUUUCAAUUGCGCCUUCAUCUACAUCAGCGACGACCCCAAUUGGUGCUUCAACCAGUUCGGAAACAUUACGGAUGUCUACGUGGCUUCGUACCACAGAUAUAGCAGCAUGGAAGAAGAUCUGGCCCUCAUGGAGGCUUGCAAUCACAGCAUAAUCGAUUACGGAACGUUUGGCGAAUGGGGCAGUUUUUUGGCUGGCGGGCACACAGUCGCUUCAAAUACACAAGUGAUCAAUGAAGCCACGCGAAAAUGGGGACAUUGGACCCUUAUAGAUGAUGUUAACACGUUGACCAUUUAAGAAUCAAAUGCCCGUUAACGGGCUGAUUUAGGGAUGUUCAAUUACUCUGGUGUUUAUACUUAUUUAUUCUUUGAGAAAACGUCAAGAGCGUUUGAGCAACGUAUUUUUUGAACGAAAUAAUUGAACUCAAAGCCUCUUCAAUUUGCAUGCAAAUCUUGAACAUUUUUUUGCUCCAAGCCCUUGGCAGAUACACAAAAACCACCAGGGCGGAAAAAUUAAUUGCAAUCAAUAAAUUAAAUUGCAAAUUUGAA